CUUCAAUGUGGCGUUUCGUCAGCGUUUCGUAAACAAAAACAAUAAUGGCCGCUAUGGAAAUUUACAUAAAAAAGAUAAGAUUUCUUGGCAUGAGCAGCGUGUCAUGAUGGAAGAGAAAGGCGUGAAAAAGGAAACUGGAUCGUCGACCUUAUUCCGGCUCUAUACCGCCAAAAUCCACACCCAUAUCAAACCCGGUAAAACCGCAAAUCUUGCAUCGGCUUGCUGAUAACGUACACGCACGUCCCAUGAACGAGUUCUGCGAACAAGUUAUUUAUCGGGUGAAUGGCUACCCUUAAAAGUGAAAAUCUUUUCAAAAGAGAUUGUGAUCCAGAUUUCAUUCAUAAAAUCGUUUCAUGGAGCCAAGCUGAUGUGGAUAAAUAUCUGAUCAAGAAUGGAAUACUUGGGUGUGGACCUGCACUGGCAACAAAUUCUAUUGAUGGAGUGGCCUUUCUAAGUUUAAAUUACCAGUCACUUACCAGCUGGACAAUACCAAUAAUUAAACGUUCCAAGAUAGUGGCAUUGUUAAAUGACCUGGGAUCUGAGAGUUAUCGAAAAGAUGUUAUAGUAAAGGCACACAUUUCAAUGCGGUUACAAGAAGCCAUUUCAAAUAUUGACAUUAGCCGAACACCAAAAGAAAAAUCCCCUGGACCAAUAAUGACACAUUCAGCAACUAUUAAGCCAAAAGCCCCUAGAAUCGCACCGACUAUACCACCUAAGCCUGGUUCUUUAUCAAAAAAGCCAUUUGUACCACCGAGAAACUUUCAAAAUGGUGAACCAAAAAGGAUGGAUAACAUUUUCUUCCGCGAUAUCGCAAAAGAAAAUAACGUUGAUAAUGACGAAUCCGAUUAUUUAGUUCCUAUAUCUGGCGGUGCUGAAGAGAGUAUCCCAGAAGCUAUUAACAGCCGUAUUAACAGUUUCAAUUCGUCAGAUGGAGGAUCUCCUUUUAUAUUGAUUUCCUCUGAUAGUUUUACUGACACCGAUGACGAAGCCCAUAAUAGCCCAAUCGCUGCAAACAAUUCAACGUUUUCCACAAAAAAAAAGAAAAAGGUUCGCAAGCCGGGAUUCAUCAAACACUUGCUGUCAAAAACAAGUCUUUUGGAAGAAAGAGUAUCACAAGAUCCACUCGGUACUCCGCCUCUUCCGCCCGUUCGAAAUCAAGAUUCGUCCCGAUGGUCAUCCGAAUCGAGUCUCAGUCAAUCAGGAUCAGAGUCCCAGCAGACGCCACCACCGCAAAUGCUGCCAUUUCGUAAACUAUGUUCACAGACCGCUACUUCCAUGUCGAGUCUUGCCGAAUCACAUCCGCCACCAACAUACCCACCACCAGCGGUGCCUCCUCUUCCCAGGGGAAUUGCUCCUUUUCGUCGAAAGAGUCCGGCCCCGCGUGAAUCAAGUCCUUUUUUCGGAAGUCGAACGGCAUCACCGUGUACAAUCCGAAGUCCUCGAUUGCCGUCUACACCGCAAGGUAGCAGUCCUGUGCAAAGUCCUCGCAGUAGCAACACCUCGACAGAUUCCGAUACUCCUAAGUAUGCCUGGUUCUUCAACGUGGAUCGCCAUCAAUCCGAAUCUUUAUUAAGAAACUUGGAAGACGGAACGUUUCUCAUCAGGCCAUCUAAACACGGUGGAGAUAAUGCUUUCUUCACACUUAGCUUGCAGUAUCAUCACAGUGUUUUCCACAUACUUAUACGCAAAAGAUCUGACGGGAAACUGGCGUUGGGUAGCGAAAAGGAAGAAGAAAACACUUUCCAUUCGUUGAAUGAACUAGUCCAAUUUCACUUUGAUGAAGCAAUGCAGUUACAUAGUAGCAAACGCCCUGCCGGCAAGACCCGCCUUACCAAGUGGCCUGAAAACAACACAUAAGAAGAAGGCUAUAAGAUGGCGACCAUUAAUCUUCCAAUAAGUAACGACAGGGAAGAAUUGCGGUCAGUGGCUUGUGGUUUUAACUUUGAACUUUAUUCCUUUGUCCUGAAUUUACAGUGUUAUAUAUAUACUUGAUUGCCUCUUUCGCUAUAAUUGUCUGUUAGACAUUUUUCCUGGCGUUAUAUAUUUACUUGCCUGAGAGCAUCACAUGAGAGAGGAACCAUGAAAAACAGCAAAAAGUUCACAAAGUAUUUCCUAAACAGUAGAGAGCGGUCAGUGGCGUGUCUUUUGACAUUGAACUUCAGAGUGAGUGAACUUUCCCAUGCCAUUUUUCUUGACUUGUUGCCUCCUCACGCAAUAAUUUUUGUCACGACAAUGUUUUGGCAACACCUCUCCAUGACCACUAUUGAUAUUGUAUUAGCGAUUUUGGAGGGAACUUGUGUUAUUUGGCUUUCUUUCCUAUACGACGCUGUUUCGUGCGUACGGCAUUAGUCACGGUCAAUUGAUUGGGACUUGUUUUUGUUUGAACUCCCUCGAUUGCCAGUUUCUUUAUUUUGCACCUGCACGUGUCGACCGUUAAACCAUUUACCGAAACCAAAAAGGAAUUUUGGUUUUUGGCACUAUGUACCAAUUUGGCUUAUCCCUUUUUGAGGAUGAUACAUGAUCAAUAUAUACAUCUCGCGUA